UACUUGGAGCACAAUAGGUGACACACAACUUACAAAACCUGGUUAAGAGAAAAUUGUUUCCUAAACUUGAUGGGAUUGUCUCACAACCUAUUGGCUGACAUGGGUAAUGGAAUAAAUAAGGUGCUGCCUGAUCUGUAUCUCGGAAAUAUCAAAGAUGCACGAGACAGAGAGCUGUUGGCGCAGCGCAACAUCACCCACAUCCUGUCCAUCCAUGACACAGCUGCACCCAUCCUGGAGGACAUGACGUACCUGUGUAUAUCAGCUGCUGAUCAAUCUAGGCAAAACCUGAUUCAGUACUUCAGAGACAGCAUCAUGUUCAUCCACGAGUCCCGACUGAAAGGAGAGGGCUGCCUUGUCCACUGUGUGGCCGGCGUGUCCCGCAGUGUGACUCUGGUGGUGGCUUACAUCAUGACGGCCACGGGCCGCGGCUGGGUGGAGUCUCUGGCGGCGGUGAGGGCGGUGAGGCCGUGUGCGGGGCCCAACCUGGGCUUCCUCCGGCAGCUGGAGGAGUUUGAAAACACAGGACUGACCGAAUAUCGAGCCUGGUGGAAGGACCGGUACGGGAAGAACACGUUCAACGAUGAUGAGGAGACGGAAAACCUUUUGGCUCUGAAAUCUAGCAGCAGCAGCAAUACCAUAACUCCCAGCAUCCCUCCUGCGCUGGGUGCAGGGGGCACCUGAAGAAACGUCUUCUGAGAGUCUUUCCUGAACUCAAGCGGCUGAGGGAGUGACGUACUUCUGCUGGGACCACUAGACCCACUAAGACCAGAGACCAGUUUGCCUUCAUCGUCGAUCCUGCAGAGAAUAGCUCAGCGCUCUGUAUCAAUAUGAUGAACGUGAAUAUCAUGUUUGCAGAAAGGAGUCAUGUGAUUUUUUUAUGUCAUCAUCUCAGUCCCCCUCGUCAUGUCGUGUCCUUGCCUCUAACUGUCAAAACAACAUGCAAGGGCAGUCAAGCAUGAAACCAAGGAAAUGUGUACAUAUACAGUCCAGAGUGUUAACACGCAUUGAGCAGCGUUAGUUAUGUUAUGCUGUAUCUUACUUGAAAUAUGAGUCCAUUGCUCAGUG